AUGGUACCUGGUGCCAACGUGCUGGCUGACGCAGGGCGCUUCACUGCUCUUCUACGCUUCUCCCCGGCCCCAGGUUGCUAUGCCACCGAGAAGGCCACCAGGCAUAUCUUCAAACGCCCGCCGGAGCAGCACAUGGUGUUCCGGCACAAGGAGACACAGAGCCAGACGCCAGGUCCCAGCGCCUACACGCUGCCCAGGCUGGUGGGGCCCAACACCGCCUACACCACCGCCAGCCCCUGCUACACCAUGGUGGGCAAGAAGAAGCGGGGUGGAUUUGCCGAGGACCUCGCCAGGACACCGGGGCCAGCCGCCUUCCCCAAGGUAGACCUGGAUGUCUACAAAACCAAGCAGCCCAGUUACGCCAUGGCCAGCAAAGCAGGAAUGGGAGGCGACCGCACGCUGAAGCCAGGGCCAGCGGACUACCGUGUGGGGAAGGUGACGCUGAUCAAACCUGAGGCACCCGCUUCCACCUUCGGCCUCCGUCACUCACUCUACACAACUCCUCUGAUUGUGCCUCCCUGAGCAGCCAACCCCACUCACCACCUCCAGCUGCUCCCUCGGGGCAAAACCCUGAAGGAUUCCCUUCU